UAAUAAAAUCAGUAUUUAUUGAAUUAUUUGGUUCAAUUUCGAUAUUUAAUUUUGGAAGAAUUAAAUAAAAGAGUGAGACGCUCUAUGGCGCGCACUAUCAAUCUUAAAACAUACCGAAAUGGUUUAUCUCCUGUCCGUGCCUUGCACGUGCCUUUCCCCCAAAUCCAUAAACCCUAAUCCCAAAUGCUGCACCCAAUCGGAAAGAGGCGUCUCCUUCGACGCCGGCGACACCUUCUUCCGCCGCGAGAGCUCCACCGGCCGCGACCUCGGCGUCCUCGCCGCAGCCGUGUACAAAAAGUCCAACAACGUCCUCAAGGUGCUCGACGCAAUGUCCGGCUGCGGAAUCCGCUCUCUCCGCUACCUCACCGAAGCCGACGCCGACUUCGUGCUCGCCAACGACGCCAAUCCUGACUGCGGCGGCGUUAUCUCCUCCAAUCUCUCAAACGCCGCCGCCGGCGCCGCCGCGAGCGGCCGGUGGGAGGUCAAGCACGCCGACGCCACUCGCAUCUUAACGGAGUGUUACCUGGAGAGGAAUUACUUCGAUUUAAUCGACGUCGACUCGUUCGGGAGCGAGUCGUGUUACCUCAGAGCUGCCAUGCUCGCCGUGAAGCUCGACGGACUUCUCUACGUCACUUCCACCGACGGUUACUCCUCCGGCGGCCAUCGCCCCCAGCAUACUCUGGCUGCCUACGGAGCAUACGUUAAGCACGUGCCGUAUUCGAACGAGGUCGGAUUGCGAAUGCUGAUAGGCGGGGCGGUGAGGGAGGCCGCCGUGUUGGGCUAUCACGUCGUGCCGCUCUUCUCCUACUACUCGUACCACGGCCCCGUGUUCCGGGUGCUGCUUCAAGUGAAGCGCGGCAAGUUCGGUAUUACCAGGCAUUAUCGGUUCAUCAGCUACUGCAGCCGGUGUGGGAAUUCGCGGACGGUGUCGUGGGAUGACUUGGGUGUAACGGGUUGUUCUUGUGCUGAGGUUCCUUCGGGUUCGGUUGUUGUUUCCGGGCCACUCUGGACGGGACCUCUUCACAGCGCAUCAUUUCUUGGCGAAAUGCAGGACUUGGCCGAGCAAUGGGGUUGGACGGGCAACGGGACAUCAUCGGGGAAACAUCUUCGAGCCCUGCUGAAAGCGAUGAUUGACGAGAGCGAUCCUGCAUUACCAUUUGGAUACAUCAAAAUCGACGAGAUAGCGAGCCGGGCGAAGGUCAAUUCACCUCGACUGGAUACACUGCUGCGAGCCCUCCACAAGGAACAGUAUGCGGCCUGCAGGUCGCACAUACACGCGAAUGCAGUCAAGACAAACUGUCCUAUGGUGGAUUGCGUGCGCCUCGUGAAGGAGCUACAACAGAUUUCAUCAGGAGGCCAUUUGUAGAUCCCAAUAACUUAGCUCUACCAUGUACAAAGAUCUUUUUCUAAUCCAUUACAGAUUUUGUAAUUCUUUAGAUCUGAUUGACAUAACGUAUUAAUAUACAUACAUACAGCAACAUUGGACUCUCCGGCAUAACGCCUGAUCUGAACACAAGUUCGUGUUGUUCGAUAUAAACUUCAAAUUUUUGGCAAAAUACACAAUAGAAAAGAACAAUUCGAGUAGAAAAAGUUCAGAUAAACUAUGAAUAUAAAAGUUGUAUUACUAUAGGUGUCGACGGUUUCGAGGUCUAGGCUCAAUAAUCAGAUCUCGAGCCCACUCGACUAACAAGAGCUAAGAGCAAGACUAUGUUGGUUCAUCGAGCCUAACGUAAAAAAGUAAAAAAAAAAACACACACCACUGCAUGCAUCA